UGCAGUUUUAUCGAAAGCGUUCUCCAGUCCCAGCUUAAUGUGCAAAGACAAUGAUUCAGUAAAAUUGUAAUUCAAUUGGUGCCACUAGUGGCACAGAAAUGACACCAGCUUUAAGGAGAACAAAAUAAGCAUGGCAGUGAGAGAAGGUGUUCUCUCACUAUCCAUGCAGGGGAAAAAAUUAUCAUACACAGAUUAAUUUCUUUAACGGUCUGUACGUCUAUGAGUUGAUUGUAAGUCACUGGAAAAUUAUCUUUAUAUUUCAAGGUAUUCUUUAAGGCUGGUCUACUGGGUACGCUUGAAGAGAUGAGAGACGAUCGUCUUGCUCUCAUCAUCACCAAUAUUCAAGCUAGAUCACGUGGUCUUCUCUCAAGGAUUGAGUUCCAGAAGCUUGUUGAACGCAGGUAAAGGGGUGGCAGUCUAAAUCAUUCAAAACAUGAUAAUAAGAGACGAAAGAGCAGAAACGAUUUGUUUCAUAUUGUAGAGAUUCAUUGCUUGUGAUCCAGUGGAAUGUGCGUGCCUUCAUGGGGGUCAAGAAUUGGCCCUGGAUGAAGCUCUACUUCAAGAUCAAACCACUGCUAAGAUCUGCAGAAGCAGAGAAAGAGAUGGCGAAUAUGAAGGAAGAAUUCCUUAAGUUAAAGGAAGCUUAUGCCAAAUCUGAGGCACGAAGAAAGGAGCUUGAAGAGAAGAUGGUUUCUAUGCUCCAAGAGAAGAAUGACCUGCAACUCCAAGUCCAAGCUGUGAGUUUAUGAGUUUUGAUAAUAAGGUUAUGGUUGUGUUGAUUUUUUCAAAGGCAAAAAAGUACACCGAUUUACCAUAUGUGUAAAUAAAACAGGAGCAAGAUAAUCUUUGUGAUGCUGAGGAGAGAUGUGAGGGUCUGAUCAAGAACAAGAUCCAGCUUGAGGCCAAAGCCAAAGAGCUGACUGAGAGACUGGAGGAUGAAGAGGAAAUGAAUGCCGAGCUGACGGCAAAGAAACGAAAGCUGGAGGAUGAAUGUUCUGAGCUCAAGAAGGACAUUGAUGAUCUUGAGCUCACUCUGGCCAAAGUGGAGAAAGAAAAACAUGCCACGGAGAACAAGGUUAAAAACCUGACAGAGGAAAUGGCAGCUUUGGAUGAAAUCAUUGCCAAGUUGACCAAGGAGAAGAAAGCUCUGCAGGAGGCCCAUCAGCAAACCCUGGAUGAUCUCCAGAGUGAGGAAGACAAAGUCAACACACUCACCAAAGCCAAAGCCAAGCUAGAGCAACAAGUUGAUGAUGUGAAUAGUUUUUGUGACAUCUCUUAA